AUGGCGCCAACUGUCAAGGCACAGUCGGAUUAUGUAGAAGAUGUCGAUAAGGAUGAUUCGACAACAUCAGCUGCGGUAAUCGAUCCCGGUCUUCGAGUUCUCGAACCGCCAGAAUGGAUCGCAGCCUUGUCUCCUGAAGAACGCCUCAGUAUUGAAGCCAAACUCAAAAGGAAAAUCGAUCUGAGAUUGUUACCUAUGGUCAUUCUGAUGUAUAUCAUGAAUUAUCUGGAUAGGAACAAUAUUGCAGCAGCACGAUUAGCAGGAAUGGAGGAAGAUUUGAAUUUAGUGGGAGAUCAAUAUCAGACUUGUGUCAGUAUCCUAUUCGUAGGAUACCUCCUCAUGCAAAUUCCCUCCAAUCUAUUCUUGAACAAGAUAGGUAAACCAGCAUUAUAUCUUCCCGGAGCAAUGAUGAUCUGGGGUGUGAUAUCAGGUGCAACCGCUGGUACCCAAAAUUUCGCGGGUCUUCUUGUGUGUAGAUUCUUCCUCGGUUUCAUAGAGGCUGCUUAUUUUCCCGGCUGUCUCUACUACCUCUCAUGUUGGUAUACCCGCAAGGAAUUAGGUUUGCGCACUGCACUCCUCUAUUCCGGAUCACUUAUUAGCGGCGCCUUCUCGGGUCUCAUCGCUGCAGGUAUCACGGGUGGGAUGGAUGGAGUCCAUGGUCUCCUAGCCUGGAGAUGGCUUUUCAUUAUCGAAGGUGCAAUCACUGUUGUCAUUGCCGCUACGGCCUAUUUCAUCCUACCCAAUUUUCCUCGCACCACAGCUUGGUUGACAGACCGGGAACGAGAGUUGGCUGCUUGGCGUUUGGAAGAGGAUGUCGGCAUGGACGAUUGGGUGGACAGCCAUCAGCAAACUUUCAGGCACGGCUUGAAACUCGCAUUUACAGAUAUCAAAACUUAUAUUCUGGUGAUCAUCUUGUUUGGUAUUGUUUCCGCUGCAUCCGUUACCAAUUUCUUCCCAACCGUUGUCGCAACCUUAAAAUAUGGCCGCAUUCAAUCUCUCCUCCUCACCGCUCCCCCUUACGUUCUCGCCCUCUUCACCUCCAUGUUCAACGCGUGGCACGCCGAUAAAACCGGCGAGCGCUUCCUCCACGUGGUCAUCCCGCUCUGUUUCGCAUUCAUCGCCUUCAUCCUCGCCGCCGCAACCACCAGUAUCGCGUCUCGCUACCUCGCCAUGAUGAUGAUGGUUCCCGGCUGCUACACCGGUUUCGUCGUCGCCCUCGCGUGGAUCUCCAACACGCUACCGCGUCCCCCGGCUAAGAGAGCAGUGGCCUUAGCCUUCAUCAAUGCGGUGAGUAAUGCGAGUAGUAUCUAUUCAAGCUACAUGUAUCCCAGUAGUGCGGGCCCCCGCUACGUCGUCGCGAUGAGUGUGAAUUGCGGAAUGAUUUUCAUGGCCAUGUGUGCCGCGUUGGUGUUACGCACGAUGCUGGUCCGCUUGAAUAAGAAACUGGAUAGGGGAGAGGUGGUCGAUGGAGCCGUGAAUGAGGGUACCGUGGAGGCGGGCCAGAGGGGCUUCAGAUAUAAGGUAUGA